AUGGCAUCUGAAGGAACUGCCCCUGCUGUAACACAUCAGCAGGUUAUGAGCGCCCAACACGCGGAGUUGUUUCAUCGUGAAGAUGAACAUGAACCAGACUAUGCAAACAUGCCCGCAGGGCAUGAGCAGGCGGCAGUGGAUCCAGUGCCAAUGGUUAAUGGCAUACCUCCAAGAGUGGCGGCGGCCGCGACUCAAGACCCUCAGAGUGUAGCCUCUGAUGGUGCUGCGCAGCCUAAUCUUGGAGGACUACAAUGGCCUCUACCUCAUGGAAAUAUCUCCGGUAUGACAACUGCCUCAGCGCAUGAGAAUGUGGAUGUUUUUUCUGCGACAGGUGUAACUAGCAGUGCCAAGGCGGCACCGCUACGUCUGCCGGAACUGGGAAUCCAUGCUAUGCCGUCCCCUUUGCCUGGGCAGUCUCCUUUGAGUGUGCAAGGACAGACCAGGAGGGAUGGUGAGGCCUCUAUGACAUCAAGAGCGGCCACAUGGUUCUCUAAGUUGGGAGACUUAUUCCAGCAGCGCCGUGUGGAAGUGACAACGUGGAGCCAAAGUCCGACUGGGCGGCAGUUGGAUAAUCCAUGGACAUCGCAAACCUCGUUUCAUGAUGCUGCGGGGACCUUCCCUGUGGAUCCAGCUCAUCCUGGAACUCAGACUCCACCUUCUACUGGUUCGGCGGGUGUGCCAAGAGAAAUGGUACAAGCCGAAGUGGCAAAGCAGCUGGAUGGAGCCAUGGCCGAGGUCUAUCAGAAUAUGAUCGUGCGGAUUGGUGAAGAGAGACAGAGGACGGAGCAAGCUGAGCAAGAGGCAAAGCAAUUGCGAGUACAGAUGGAAGUGAUGGAGCAGCGCAUGGCUGCCCGAGAAGCUUUGCCUGAAUCGUCUGGAACUGCGAGACCUGAGGUACUAUUAGGAGGGCUAUCUCAUCAUGGUAUGUUCCCGGCGCCUACUACAAUGCAGGAUCCUCUAAGUCUUCGUGAUUUUCAGGAUGAUAAUAGGGGUGUUGGUGUUGAUCCAGGGACCUCUAUGAGAUUGUCUAUGCCAAAGUUUCCGAGUAUACCGUGGGCACCUACGGCAGGACUACGUGAAGAUAACGGUCCAAGUUAUUAUCCUCCCCCACCUCCAGAACCCAUUCCGGUUCCCAAGGUCAGCGUUGGAGUGGCGCCGCCGAGAAGCCAGUCACCUUCCGAGGGCCGAGGACGAGGGUUCUUACAGGGGCUAUUUGGGUCAAGGAGUUUGAGUUCGGGAGCUUGUCCGCAACCUUCUACUACAAGUAUGCCUAUGGGAUUUGCGGGACCUGUUCCACCACCACCGGGAAUAGCUCCGCCUCCUACUCCAGCUGUGGCCUCUACCAAUUUGGGAGGUAACGAAAGGGUUCUGACGGCAAUGGCCAAGGGCAUUGAGACGCUUCUUAUGAACCAGUCCUCCAAGAGCGACAGGCCUGAAACAGUGAAGCCGGGGAUAACAGAACUGCCAAGCCUCCCUUCUUACACACCAGACACGGGCAGCAUCGACCUGAUCAAUUGGGUCACGCAUAUCACUCCAAUAAUGGAAGAUCUUAGCGACUCGUCGAGUUUGUGGUGGAGUAGUAUGCUGCAGGAAGUCAUGAACUGGUAUGCUCGCUAUAGUGCUGCCACGCCGCUUGAGCGCAUCAGGUUGACUCCGGCUUUGGCAGCCUCACCUGGAAAGCCCGAAUGGGCCCGAGUGGAGCGGCGUGCUACCGCCAUGAUGCUAACGGCUAUCCCGACUUCCAUCAAGGAGGAGGUGAUCGCAUCUGGAGGUGUGAACACGUUGAGCCUCCUGGCCAAGCUCUUCUCGACGUACCAGCCGGGUAAUCGACAGGAGAAGGCUCUGGUGUUAGCGAACUUGGAAAAACCGAGUGAAUGUCAGGAUGCGGCAACAGCUGUUGAGUCCCUCAGGAAGUGGGCGCUCUGGCGGCGCCGAGCUACGGCGAUCGGUAUCACGGAACCAGACGCCAGUGUUCUCUUGCAAGGCCUAGAUCGGAUAUGCCAGGGCGUUGUUCGUGCAGAUCCUGAGCUUGCUUUCCGUGUGAGUUUGAUACGAUCUACAUUGCAACUGGAUGUGAACCCCACAGCUACAGCAGUCACGCAGUUUUACCAGCACCUCCAAGCCGAGUUGGAACAGCAAGCUAGGUUAGCUACUACCAGGACUGCGGCUAUCAACCCGAGGUUGAAGGCUCUGGGAACCGGAACAGAGGCAGCAUCUUCGUCUUACGGAGGUGGACCACCUCCUGGGCCACCGCCUCCACCGAAGGCUCCCGGUAGCCAGUGUCGGUUUUUUGCCAGUGAAAAGGGGUGCAGAAGGGGAUCUACAUGCAGGUAUCCCCAUGUUUGGUCUGCUUUCGAGAAAGCGGAACGGGCGCGACGAUGUCUUAAUUGUGGAGCAGUGGGUCACAAAUCAAGGGAAUGCAAGUCUCCUGGGGGUGGUGCUGGACCGAAGCCAAAGGAAUCCACGCCUACGACUACCCCUAAGGAUCCACCCGCUACUCCAUCGUCUGCGCCUUCUAGCACGGGCUCGUCGCCUACGGCAAGACGUGUUAAUAUCGACCCGACGCCCGAUAUCGCUGUGAAGGUGAUGAGUGUUAUGCAGGAGAUCAAGAACCUCCAGGCCUUCCAGCCCCUCCUGAGCGCGGUGAAUCAAUGGACUUCUCGAUGGGGUCUACAAACUGAGAAGAAAGCUCUGCUGGAUUCUGGAGCUACCCACUCUUUACGGCCACCUCACAACGAGGAGGAGUGGAAGAACGCAGUGGAUGUGAGCGUCGCCUUGGCAGGGGAAUCUCGUACUGUCAUGAAACAGAAUGAGGCCGGCACCUUGCUAACCACCUUGGACUCUGUGCGAGUUCUUCGUGAAGUUGAGGUGAGCUGGUGGUCAUGUAUGAUUGACUAUUGCACUAAUGGGAGUGUGGAGUCGGGGCAAGAAGCAUUGAAGCGGGCCAUGUUCUUUGAUGAAGAGGAUCGGUGUGAUCUUGGUCGUCUUCUACUACGUCGUCCCAAUGAUGGAGGGUGGCAGGCUAUGAAGGGUCUUGGCCUCAACCGCAGGACACGGAAGAGGUUGAUAGCGGCCCCUACAUGGAUUGUUCGUUGGGAUCCCCCGGGUUUUACGAGGAAAUCGGACGUCUUGCAGAAGGUUGGACGGAUGUCUGAGGCCGUCUAUAUCAAUGUUGGGUCCAUGCUCUCGUACGGGGAUUUGUUGGCGGUAUGGAAGGUGUUGCUAUGGGCUGCUACUCAGGGGCGCAUAGGAGCGGUGCUCUCGAAGGAUGUGGGUGCGACCACGACUGAAUUUGAGGCCCACAAGGUUCAUCGAGCCCGAGUACAUCUCCUACAUGCACUAGCAGCGGCGGGGCAAUACUACCGAGGUUGCAAUGUACCUCGCCUUCUUAUCGAAAGACGUAAAGCUGCCGCUUGGGAUGCCGUGGAUUGGAUGUGUGAUGGAAAGGCCCAGCGCUACUGUGAUGAACUCGACCUACCCAGCCCUUUGUACAAGGAGGAGGAGGCCGUUGAGGUUGUCAGUGGUCUUACUGGGGUUGUGGGCUCUGGGCGCUUUGGUCGUGUAAGGUUAGCACGGAUGUCCGAGGAUGCUGCGUGGAGGUUACAUGUGAUGCGGAACCACCAACCUUUCCGACGAGAUUGUGCUCUAUGUGUUCGCAAUGCAGCAACAGGGAAGCAGCACAGAGCCACUAUGCAUCCCUCCGGUUAUUGUCUAUCGGUUGAUGUAGCUGGACCCUUGAAGGGAUAUGGACGCUCUCCUGACGGGAAGUUCUUCAAGUACUUUGUGAUUGGGGCGUUUCGGAUACCGUUGUUGGACGGUUGUGUUCGACGUGAUGAAGAAGUUCAUGGUUACCCCAUCCCUCGAGAUGAUCCAGAUGCUGAGGUGGAAGAUCUUCUGUCAGAGGAAGAACCUGAUGAUGAUCAGCUUGAGGAGGAGGCCGGUGCACCAACACGUGAAGAGCUUGAAAAGGAACGUGAGGAGUGGUGUAAACUCCGUGAAUCCUUUAAGGCCCCUCUCAUGACAGAGACGUUGUACUUUUGUGUGCCGGUGAACAGCAAGAAGGCCGUUCAUGUUCUACCAGCCCUGCAACAAAUGGUUGUUGAUGUUAGGGCCUUGGGCUACCCUGUGGCACGGAUACAUUCUGACCGAGGAGGAGAACUCCGAGGGAAUGCAGUGAAGCGGUGGAUCCUGAACCAAGGGAUUCUUCGUACUACGUCUACGGGCUCGGAGCCUGCUGAGAACGGGGUCGCGGAGGCUGGGGUCCGCUACCUCAAACGCCGAGGUCGAGUGCUUCUUGAUGCUGCGGGUGUGGGCCGUGAACAUUGGCCAACUGCCAUUCAAACAGCGGCGCUGCAACAAAGGUGCCAGAAGCUCAGCCUCAGAGAUCCGACCCCAGUCGCGUAUGGUGCCAAGGUCUAUGUGAAGACGAAAAAGUAUAAGACCGGUGAUGUGGAAAGUAUGAAGCCGCACUGGUUACAGGGGAAAUAUUUGGGACCGUCCACUGAUGUUCGUGGAGGCCAUGUCAUUUUGAAGUCUACGGGCACUUUCUUGACUACUACCCAUGUGAGAGUUGCAAGGGAGCCUCCCAGCAUUGACGAUGUGACGCCGGUUGUCCUUGUGGAUAGCGACGACCCACCUCCUUUACCGGGUCCGGCGGAGCCGCCAAGUGAUGUACCCGAACAACCAGGAGAAAGACGUCGAGUUGAACCGUCAUCGUCAUCUGGUCGGGGUCCUAGAGAAUCUGAGGUACCCGAACAACCGGGAGAAAGACCUCGAGUUGAACCGUCAUCGUCAUCUGGUCGGGGUCGUCAUGUUAUAGAUGAAGCAGGCGAUCUACCACCGUAUCCCAAGGGUCCACCUAUAACGUACAGCCCACCAAGGUCCAGAGUUCGUACCAAAUCGCCGGGUGUCCGUAUGAGAGCUAUGCGAGCUGGGGACUAUGAGGAUAUGUGCUACGAGGAUAGUGUCGCUGCUGGUUCCUAUGGUGAGGUUUCGUAUAACCAGGAGGAGAUCAUGAUGAGAAUUCUUCGAGCUCAAGAAAAACAGGCUGUUGAAGCUGUUGCGAUGGAGCUGUUGAAUGCAGGUGACUUCUCUCGUGAAUCAUGCAAGAGGCUGUUGAGGGCCUUGGGAAGCUUUCAAACUAGAUGGAGAAAUCCCCGCACGUCAGUUGGUCAGGGAAUGGUCUUGGGAGCCUAUGUCCAGGGAGCGUCGUUUGGGGUCACCAAUCAUUGUCGUGGAAUGGCAAAUACUACAAAGUUCCUCAACAAGUUCCUGAUGAUCAGGUUGGGCAAUACUAUGCCGGGGUCUACCUGUACGUGGACUACCCUGGCACUUCAGAAGGCGAAUGACAUUCCUGCCCAUCGUGAUGUUCAUAAUCAGAGGGGAACCCGCAACUAUGUGAUGGAGAUUGCGGAUGAAUCUUUGUCAGGUCUUUGGAUUGAAGGAGAUGAAGACCAACAUCCCGCAGAGGGAGGUGAUGGUACUUAUAUCGAUCAUGAGUACCAAGCGGAAGAUGGAAGUGUUCAUGAUGGACGGCUUCGAUCUAUUGAGAACCCUGUGGCGUUUGAUCCGAGAUCGCGACAUGCGCUGGUGAAUGAGCCGGGCAUGAAAUGGGUGUUGUCAGCCUAUACGCCUUCAGGAGUUCAACGACUUUUGCAAGCCGAUGUGGACUUUCUGUUUCAGCAAGGGUUCCCAGUUACGGGGACUGGUGUUUCGCUACCAACGGUGAGGGCGAUACAACAAGUUUCCUUUGGAGCUGGAGCGCGGGAAACCAUACCUGCGUUUGAGGCCCCUUCCUACGAGCCGCAGUUCGUUGCCUUGAGUGGAGCUUGGGCAGCAAGGGCAGAGGAGGAGGGUGUGGCCGUGGUCAGUUCUGAGGAGGAGCAUGAUGCUGAUGAGGCGGAGGGUGAUUGGGAGCUGUUUGUUGAGAGCAGUGAGGAAUCAUGUGUCAUGGGCGAUGUUAUCGAGCCCGAAGACGAGCCAACACCCCGCCUACGUUGUUUGUGUACUUCGAGGGAUCCUGGAUCAGAGUAUGAGCUGCUGGAAAGGACCUAUGAGGGUCACUUGGACUCCGAGGAUUGUGCGGAGUUGAUCCAGCAGGAUAUGGCUGCAAACCUUGAAGAGUGGGAAGUGAAGUUUCCGCAGAUUGCCAAGGUGGAGCCUGAGUUCACGGAGAAGAUUGAGGAGCUCAUCGGCAACCUUAAGGAGCCGCUACGCCAUACUCACAACGUGAAUCCUAAGGAAGUUCGUGAAGAUCUUGAGAAAUGGCGCAGCUCAAUCAUCAAGGAGUUGGGUGUGGUUGAGAAGGGCUUCUACCGUACGACUGUGGAAGGGGUCCGUAACCUGAAGCGCCACCAUACUGUUCAGGAGCUGCCGGCCAAGCUUGUUUACACUGUGAAGCCACCGAGUGCUGAUGCAACUCCUGGAACAGAAGCAGCAUACGUGAAGCGAAAAUCACGUAUAGUGUGUUGCGGCAACUUCAGCUCUGCCGACCCAGGAGAAGUGUUUGCCAGUGGUGCCGCAGCCGAGUCGCUGCGAUGCGUCCUCACCUUAACAGCGCUUCGGCGCUGGGCAGCAGGAGGCGUUGACAUCGGAGGAGCGUUUAUGUUGACUCCGUUACCUCAACAUGAAGGGGCCACUCUCUACAGCAUCACCCCUCCAGCAAUCCUUGUCUUGCUGGGCUUAGCUACACCUGGGGAAAGGUGGAUAUUGACACACGCUAUGUACGGCUUACGCCAAUCGCCACAGCUUUGGUCAUCCUUUCGUGAUGCUACGGUUCGGGCCAUGGAUUUGGAGAUGGACGGCGUCACGUGGAAGUUUGUUCAGGGUGAAGCAGAACCAAAUGUUUGGUUGUUGUUUGAGACGGGGAACUCUCAGACUACCAGGCCGAGCGCCCUGCUCCUGAUCUACGUCGACGACCUCCUCAUAUGUGGUCCUCGAUCACUUGUACAAGCUAUCGCUCAGAGGAUUGGAGCGACGUGGAAGAUUUCUGAGCUUGAGAUUGUUGAGCCCCAUCAUGGGAUAAGGUUUCUGGGCUGUGAGAUCGAGACGAACGAGAGCCGGGAUACCUACUGGAUUCAUCAGAAGCCGUAUGUGAUGGAGAUUCUUCGGCAUCAUGAAGUACCAGCUACAUCUAGGUCGCCUGUGCCCUGUCCCAGAGAUCUAUUAACACUCCAUGUUGAGGAUGAUGAAGCUAAGGGGACGGACCUGGAAGUUAAGCAGGCUCAGAAGAUGUGUGGUGAACUUCUAUGGCUGAGCCAGAGGAGUCGCCCCGACAUAGCAUUCCCAGUGUCGAUCAUGGGGAGCCUUAUCACCAAGGCGGCACCAAGGAGCAUCCAGAUUGGGACUCGACUGUUGUCGUACCUUCAAAGAACCUCUGGAAUGGCCUUGGAGCUGAAGCCUACUGAUGGUGGUUUCCAAGCCUGGAGUGAUUGCAGCUUUGCUCCGAGUGGAAACAAAUCCCACUCAGGGAUGGCGAUAUCAUGGCACGGGGCUGUGAUUGCAUGGCGCUCGGCGCGCCAACCUUUUACCUGCCUGUCGACGGCGGAAGGUGAGCUAACGGCAGCUUUAGAGACUUUGACGUUGUCAAUGAGUUUGAAGGCCAUUGUGGAUCAGUUCGGUGAUGUUGUGCCGUUUACUACUUUGUGUGUGGACAAUCAGGCAGCCCUCACACUUGCCAACCCAAACUCGUCGGCAAGCUGGAGAACAAGGCACUUGAGGAUAAGGGCUUCCUUUCUGAGAGAGCGCGUCGAUCAAGGGGAGGUCCUUCUUAAGUUUGUACCGGGCAAGUACCAGCUUGCAGAUUUGCUCACGAAAGGGUUCCCUCGCCAGCGGUUGGAAGAGUUGAAUGGCUUGUGGGGUUUGGUGGAUCUUGUUCAGGCUGUUGCUCAAGUGAACCUCAUCAAGGUGAUCGUGAUGAUGAGCAUGAUGGUUCAAUCCGCAAGGGCGAGGUCAGUUGAGAAAGAACCCCUUCCUUUGGAGACUUCGUGGGAGUUGUACAUCGCGAUGGUGAUGCUUGCUAUAGUGGUUGUGGUGUUUUGGGAGUGUGGUUGGAAUGUUUGGUACUACGUGACGGGCCAGGAGACACCAGCUCAAAUGCGCAGAACCAAGCGUUUAAGGAAGAUGCAGGAGGCCAUCAAGGAGGAGAUUACAAUGCAGAUGGCAUCAACGGCCUCCCCUACUACGAGAACAUUUGAGAGUUCGGGUUCAAGUGCUUCUUCUACUACACCACCUCCACCGCCGGAUCCUCAUCCAACUGCAAGACCCACAACUUCGUCAUGGACACCCACCUCUAUACUGAGAGGAAAGACGAUUUAUAAGGAUACCCAGCGGGAUAAGGCUACGCAGAUAGACUGCCCACCUUUGAUAUGUUAUCAAGAUCGUGCGGUACAUGUUGGGAUCGUCCUAUUUGGGUUUCCGAUCAUGGUGAUGCCUUUCAUACUUUGGAUCACUGUUGGGGACUACGAAAUGCCCGAAAGCGCAGACUUACCUACUGCAAAUGUUGUCGUGACAACCACGGCCGGUCGCUUUAUCCCGAAAGGGGAUGAGUGCUCGCAGGCACGUUUGGUGCCGUACGAGCAAGGAGGAGUGAUGAAGUGUGAUCGGAUCGCUCCCUAUGCUGUGGCUUAA